AUGGAAAAGUUCAUUCUGACACCCAGUGGAGCUGUCAAGGGGGGCCAGAUAAAGAGGAAUGUUCCACUUACGUGGACCAAUCAGGUCUCAACACAGACAUCCGCUUCAAACAUCCUCACCAUCAUCAGCCCGCCAGCACCAGUCUCUGAGAUGGAGAGAUCAAGUGUCGCACUUAUCACUGUCAUAUGUGUUUUGCUCUCCAGGAUCUCUGGAUCCGAAGUGGAGAUGAGAGUCAGACCAGGAGACGACGUCACUCUGUACAGCGACUGUGUUUGGAAGAGUGGAUACAAUACAGUUUGGUUCAGAAACUCUUCUAAAGAGCAUCAUCCUCCUAUUAUAAUAUCCACAGAAGACUUUAUGCGUGGUGUUCAUCCCUGUUACUCUUUUGUGUGGAACCCUUCGAGUGAAACUCAUGAUCUGCUGGUGAAGAACGUCUCUGAAUCAGAUCUGGGUCUGUACUACUGCGCUAUACAUGAGAAGAAGAUCACUGGAGAUGAAACUGGAGUUAUACUCUCUGAGGACAUUUACCAUUAUGGAAGCAGAAUCACUCGACUCUCAUUCUUGGACACAACCAUCCCUUCUGCUGAUCCCUCCACCCCUCCUGUAUCAGACUGUAGUGUCUGCUGGAAGCUGCUGGUCAGUGUGUGUCCUUCUGAGCAAUGA